AAAGCCCUUCGUGCAUCGCCUGCUGCUGGUUCCUCCACAUUGUUAAAGCCUCCUGGUUCCGCUCAGGAACCUCCACUGGGUUGAUCUGAGGCUCGGGUACCAACACAGACCGCUGAGCAUCACCAUCUGUUCUUCUGCUUCUUCUUCUGCUGCUCUGAACAACACAGGCCGUUGCCAUGACAACAGACGAGGCGGAGAGUCACCAGAAGAAGCCGAGGCAGCAGGAGGAAGCCGGCCAGGACGCCAGGCCGCCCUCACCGGAGGAGGAGCAGCUCCGGCCUCGCAACCGCAACUCCGCCGGCCGCGGCCUCUCCCGCCUCUUCUCCUCCUUCCUGAAGAGGCGCUCGCAGUGCGAGAGCGAGGCGGGAGAGAAGGACAACAAGGAGGAAGAAGAAGAAGCUAAGGCGCCCAUCGCCGACCCUGAACCUGAGCUGAGGGCAGAGGGAGAGGUCGCCCUGGACCAGCACUCAGUCAGCAGCGCGGAGGCUCAGGCCGUCCAGGUGGAGAAGAAAGAAGCGGAGGAGGAGGAGGAGGAGGGUGGAAAGGACAAAGAGAACGCCAAGGAGAAAGGAGAGGAGGCCACCCUGGAGAAGGAGGACAAGGAGAAGGAGAAGGAGGAGGAGGAGAAGGAGAAGGAGAAGGAGUCUGGUCCUGAAGGAGGCAGUAAGAAAGAGGAAGAGGAGGAGGAGGAGGAGGAGGAGAAGAUGACAGAGGAGGAGGCCAAAGCUCCCAGAGCUCCACGGCGACCCAAGACCAUGCAGAUCAAAGUCACCCUGCUGGACGACGCUCUGUAUGAGUGUGAGCUGGACAAACAUGCAAAAGGCCAGGAGCUGUUCAUGAAGGUGUGUGACCACCUCAACCUGCUGGAGAAGGACUACUACGGCCUGGUCGUCUGGGAGACGGGCACCAUGAAGGUUUGGAUGGACCUCACCAAGGAGAUCCGCCGGCAGGUACAAGGUGAGCAGAACUUUACCACAGGUGCCAGCUAUAAUUUCACCUUUAAUGUGAAGUUCUAUCCGCCGGACCCGGCCCAGCUGUCUGAAGACAUUACGAGGUACUACCUGUGUCUCCAGCUGAGGAAGGACAUCCUGCAGGGACGCCUCCCCUGCUCCUUCGUCACCCUGUCCCUGCUGGGCUCCUACGCCCUGCAGUCGGAGCUGGGCGAGUACGACCCGGAGGUGCACGGCAACGAGUACACCAAGGAUAUGAAGAUGGCCCAGGGUCAGACCAAGGAGCUGGAGGACAAGAUGAUGGAGCUGCACCGUACAUACAGGUCGAUGAGUCCGGCCCAGGCUGACAUGAUGUUCCUGGAGAACGCCAAAAAACUCUCCAUGUACGGCGUGGACCUCCACCAGGCCAAGGAUCUGGACGGUGUGGACAUCAUGCUGGGGGUCUGCUCCAGCGGUCUGAUGGUUUACAAAGACAAGCUGAGGAUCAACCGGUUCCCCUGGCCCAAAGUCCUGAAGGUCUCGUACAAACGCAGCAGCUUCUUCAUCAAGAUCAGACCGUCCGAGGUGGAACAUUAUGAGAGUGCGAUUGGCUUCAAACUACCCAACUACAAGGCGGCCAAGAAGCUGUGGAAAGUGUGUGUAGAACAUCACACCUUCUUCAGGCUGACCUCCACUGAGAUGGCCACCACUCCCAGGAAGUUCCUGGCGUUGGGCUCUAAGUUCCGCUACAGCGGUCGGACUCAGGCUCAGACCAGACAGGCCAGCUCUCUGAUCGACAGACCGGCUCCUCUGUUCCAGCGCUCCUCCAGCAAGAGGAACUCCCGCAGCCUGGAUGGAGCCAUGGCGUCCACUCCCGACAAUAGAUCCACUCGUCCGGUCAGCGCCCCCGUUAUGUCGCCGGUAUCUCCCGGGGAGGCGUCUCCCUCGCCGCUGCUAACCACCCUGCAUCGCUCCCACCACCGAGACGGCUCCACGCCCAGAGGCCACCGCUCUGCAGGCAGGAAGGCAGAGCUAAAGGCAGAGAGUCAGCAGGCGGAGUACACCAAGAGCCACAGCCCCAGACCAGAGUCCACUCCAGAGAUCAAGACGGUGGCGAGGAGAGAGCGGAGGCACUCCCCCUCCGUGACCACCGCCAACGGGGAAAGAGAGAAAAAGAGCCAGCACUCUCCUCAGGACAGAACAAAGACGGAGAUGGUGCGAGUGAGGAAGAAAAGAGCUAAGAAACUUGAGGGUGAAACUAUUUAUAUCAGACAUAGCAAUUUAAUGUUGGAGGACCUGGAUAAGACCCAAACUGGGAUCAUGCGUCACCACACGAGCAUCAGCGAGCUGAAGAGGAGUUUCAUGGAGUCGGUGCCGGAGCCUCGGCAGAGCGAGUGGGACAAGCGUCUGUCCACCAACUCACCUUUCCGCACGGCGAGCAUCAACGGUCAGCUGCAGCCAGCGGGGAGGAUGUCCACAGUACCUGCGCACAGAGUAGAUGGUGGCGUGUCCGAGUCUGGGCCAGUCUCCCCAGUCAGAUCCCCUCCUCCUCCACCUCCAUCCUCCCCUCCUCCUCCUCUUCCUCCUCCUCCUCCACCUCCAUCCUCCCCUCCUCCUCCUCUUCCUCCUCCUCCUCCUCCUCCAUCCUGUCCUCCGUGUUCAGACAAUGACACUGAAGGUCAGAGAGGAUCUCAGUCCUCCGAUCCGCCGGCGUUUCCCUCCGGCUCUCGGCUCUCCUCCACCCACAACUUGAAGACACAGUUUCUAUCCCAGACAUGAGGUCCUGCACAAUAACUCAUUUUUUAAUACUCAAUAAAUCCAGCCAUAACAGCACUUUUUUAGCUGAAAGCCUGAGGCACAAUUUUAGUAAUUUCAUAUUAUUGCUGAGUGCUAGGAAUUAUGAUGACACCUAUAAUAGAUGUAGUCUCCAUUGCAUCAUCCGCCAGUUUAAAAUUCCCAGAUUCUCCCUGAGCCAGUAGAUUCCUGCCGGCUAAAAGCAGAUCUUGCCUUCGAUGCAGUACUACCCCCCCGCCUCCCCUCCCAUUGUGUGCAGCGCAGAAUUACCUUAAAACGUGUUUCAUGUUAAGCUCCCCAGAGGUAGCAUCUUUCCUAUUCCCACCAUGGAACAGAUUUAUUUAUUAAUCCUCAGUACACUCCUCUUCCACUCCUUCCUUCCUUCCUUCCUUCCUUCCUUCCUUCCUUCCCUCCCUCCCUACUUAUCAUCUUCAUAUAAACUACAGAAUCCUUCAUGUCUGUUUUCCUGUCAGAGGAGCUCAGCGCCUGCUCAUUCUCUGAUUCAUGUUUGGGUUUGAAUGUUUAAUGAACAGCUGAUAGUCAGUUAAUCCUCCUCCUUCAGAUACGGUUGUUUACUUGCAGCGGAAACAAAUGAUGGUCAAAUUAUUACAAAUAGCAGUAGCCUAGUAAUUCACCCUUUACUAUGUGGUGCCUUCAAAUGAAACUGGUGACGUUGUGUUUACAACACGGGAAGCCGUGUACACGAUAUGUGUGGCGUUCAAGUGGUUAAGUUGUGAGAACACCGGAAUAUCAACAUUUUCCAUUUAUAAAAUUACGAAGAAAAACAAUAUAUGCCUAAAAUUACAAUAUAUUAACUUAUUAUGUACCGAAAAAAUGAGUUCCGCCAUUUCUGUCAACGUCAACAAACACGUCAGAAGUCGUGAACUCUGAAAUUUCAGAAACUUUCCACUUCCGAGGUCGUGAAUACGACAUGAGGGAGCGUUCAUAUAGGCCCGACUCGUAAACACGGUAAACAUGGUAAACGCAUUAAACACGUUAAACACGGUAAACACGUUAAACACGGUAAACACGUUAAACACCUUAAACACGUUAAACACGUUAAACACGGUAAACACGGUAAACACAGUAAACACGUUAAACACGUUAAACACGUUAAACACGUUAAACACGUUAAACACGGUAAACACGGUAAACACGUUAAACACGGUAAACACGUUAAACACGGUAAACACGCUAAACACGUUAAACACGCUAAACACGCUAACCACGCUAAACACGAUAAACACGUUAAACACGAUAAACACGUUAAACACGUUAAACACGUUAAACACGAUAAACACGUUAAACACGGUAAACACGUUAAACACGAUAAACACGUUAAACACGUUAAACACGAUAAACACGUUAAACACGGUAAACACGAUAAACACGUUAAACACGUUAAACACGAUAAACGCGACCCCAUUUGAAGGCACCACAUGUUACCCGCUCCCCUUAGUUACCGUUGCUACCCCCGUCAAGCUCUCCAUUCUAGUGCUGCUUGUACGCAUGUUACCAUGAUAACAGCAGCAGAUUUACCGCCUUCACAGAGGCAGACCAAAGUAGGCCAGGUUAGUUUUAUCAGCUCCAGCGAGCUCAUUAAUGAACUCUUAACUGUGAGCGUUCAGCAAGCUUCAAUAAGAAGAAUGGAUAGUCAGAGAUUCCUCCGCGUACCACCGGUGGUACGUGUGCCACCGUUUGAGAACCGCUGGUUUAGAUACUCUGGCUUGUUCACAACCUGUCUGAUCUGGAUCAUGAUUUCUUGCCCUGUCAGACUUUGUUGUGCGAUGUCACCGUGUUCUCAGAUCCUGGCAUUACUUUGGGGAGUACAAUGUUUUAUGAUAAAAAUGACAGCCAAAGCUACGGGAAUAAAAUCCAAACUGAUAUAAACCAGAAUUUCCCUCUAAGUGACGUCUUUCUCAACCGUCUCUUCAGUGCAUCUUAAGGCGAUAAGUGAAUCCUGAAAAUCCUCUUUCCGUUGUAGUCGCUGUGUAACUAUGAAAAUAAACUAUGACACUAUUGUCACAGUUCUAACCACACACAAGUAGAACCAGACUUCUACAGGUUCAUAUUCAGACAGUGAGCCACGCAGCAUCUUAACGCUGUCAUAAUGGGAGAUUGAGCUCACUUGACCUUCCCAGAGCUAACCGAUGGCGUAACUGUCUGUUCACGUUAACGCUCUUCUGUCAGACAACAAACAACUUACUUUAACAGCUACAGGGGACAUCUUGUAAAACCACCCCCCCUGUCCCUUCCAUGCUCCAUACCCAACCCUCCCACCCCCCCUGUAUUUUCCCUCCAACCUCCUCUUCCUCCAUCCCCUCCCUCAUCCUUCUAUCUUCCGUCUCCUGUCAGUUGACCAUAUCCCACUUGUCUGUUCAUUGUUAUCUGUCUCUCUUGGUCUGCCGCUGCCGAGCACAGCGAGGGAGGCAGACUCUGUUCGGACACAAGGUAAGAAGAGCGUGUAGUCUGUCCCCGGCGCCGCUGGGAUCGCCGCUGUACAGACAUGACUGCCUGCUGGAAGAAGAUGAGGAGGACAGUGAGGUUGAUUGGGUUGAUGAUGAUGAUGAUGAUGAGGAGGAGGAAGAGGAGGAAGAACAAGCCUGCGGUCACACUCUAAAGGUGGCUAUCAAUGUGCCAGAUGAAAGGAGGAGCUUGGUUAACCCGUGUGAGCUAAACCCGGCCAGGCUCAAGCAUACCCGGAUGUCUUUCUUUCUGUCGGGGCUGCUGGUGAUGGCCCUGACCAUGCUGUGGCUGGCCUUCAUUUAACACCAAGAGUCCCUGAACAUUGAACCCACGGUGCCCUCGGCCAGUUACAGACUGCUUCAUUCCAGUGCUGUUCUGUCCCUCCACCUUCUGUUCUAUACUCAGUUACCUUUCUUACCUUCCGUGCACCUCAGUUCAGUCUCAAAGGGCCACACUCAGAGAUCAGUUUCAGUCUUUAAAGCGAGCCUAUGUAACUUUUGCUGAACAGCGGCCACUGUGGCCACAAGUAGCCGUUGACCCUCACUAAGCUCCGCCCCCAGCUUAGUUACUGUUGCUACGCCUAUCAAGCUUUUUAACGAUGAUAACGGUGGCAGAUUUAUCAGUGAAAAUUUGUAGUAAUUUUUGAGACGGCGGGUCCUUUUUAACGGAAAACAUCCAUUUCUCUAUAAACUGUCCCAGAAAGAUCUGAUCUGCUAGCUGACUAAAGUAACUUUAGCUGAGGUGGAUUGAUUGACCGCCUCAAGUCAGCAUCCUAACCAGAGGCCUGUACUACGAAGCCUUUUCAACAUACCCAGUAUCUUCUCCUUAUCUGGUUUAAAGGCAGGGUUGACGAUGUUCUCCAGUAUCUCCAGUAUAUCUGUUCUAUUGGUUGA